AUGCGCGGCUCCUUGGCCGUCUCCGCCAGGGCCUGGCAUGGCCCCGGAAAUGGAGCCCUCUUCGCCCAGAUACAAGCGCGGAUACACUCCUCUUCGCCCAUUGUCGCGCGUCCUUUUUCCUCGUCCCCCAGCCCCAAUGCUUCGAUAGUCGCCCGCCCGCAGAAGCUUCACCAAUCCCGAACUCUAUUCCGGCCCUCCCUCUCCACCAAGGCGCGGCGGCCAGCAAGGGUGCGCAGGUCGUACAAGCAAGAAAUGAAAGACAAGGGCUUGGUAGACGUCGAAGAGCACGAGGGUGAGCACGAGGGUGAGCACGAGGAAAUGGGCUUUGCGAAAUCGGAGAAGGCGAACGCGGCCGCCCACGUCAAUCUGAGCGCGAAGCUAAGCAAGGACGGCGUGUCGGCCAGUCAGCAAGGGAGCGCGAAGGAGCUCUGGCGGCUGGUUAAAAUCGCGACGCCCGAGGUAAAGACGCUCUCGUGGGCGUUCCUGUUCCUGCUCAUGUCGUCGGCCGUGAGCAUGUCGGUCCCCUUCUCCAUCGGCAAGAUAUUGGACAUCGCGACGCAGCCGGAAGGAUCUAAAGAGCUGCUGUUUGGGCUGGACAUCACCACCUUUUACAUCGCACUCGCCGGGGUGCUUGCCACGGGGGCUGCGUGUAACUUUGGCCGCAUCAUCAUCCUGCGAAUCGUCGGAGAGCGCAUUGUGGCACGCCUCCGAUCCCAGCUCUACCGCAAGACAUUCAUCCAGAACGCCGAAUUCUUCGAUGCGAACAGGGUCGGCGACCUCAUCUCUCGCCUCGGUUCAGACACCAUCAUUGUCGGCAAGAGCAUUACGCAGAACCUGUCGGACGGGCUACGCUCAAUAGUGAGCGGUGCUGCCGGGUUCGCCAUGAUGGGCUAUGUGAGCAUAAAGCUCACAGCCAUACUCGCCAUCAUUGGCCCCCCACUCGCGAUUGCUGCCUUCGUCGCCGGUCGGUCAUUGCGCAACAUCAGUCGAAAAAUUCAGAAGAACCUAGGGACCUUGACGAAAGUGGCCGAAGAGCGGCUGGGGAACGUAAGGACCGCUCAGGCCUUCGCAGGCGAGGUUCAGGAAGCAGGGCGCUACAACCGUCAGAUCAAGAGGAUCUUCAACCUUGGGAAGAAGGAAGCCAUCGUCGCUGCCAGCUUCUACGGCACUACUGGUCUAAUGGGUAAUAUGACCGUCAUCGCCGUCCUCUACGUGGGAGGGAGCAUGGUCAAGUCCGGAGCCAUCACCAUCGGCGAGCUCUCUUCAUUCUUGAUGUACACCGCUUAUGCGGGAGGAAGCAUGGUGGGCUUGUCCGGCUUCUGGGGCGAGAUGAUGAAGGGCGUCGGAGCGGCCAGCCGCCUCUUUGAACUCCAAGACCGGAACCCUACGAUAUCGCCCACCAAGGGCGAGCCUGUCAAAUCUGCGCGGGGCCCUAUUGAGUUCAACAACGUCUCCUUCAGCUAUCCGACGCGACCGGCGGUUACUAUCUUCAAGGACCUCAAUUUUAGGAUCGAGCAAGGCACGAAUGUUGCCAUCGUCGCACCUAGCGGGGCAGGCAAGUCUACGGUUGCGAGCUUGCUGCUGCGUUUCUACAUACCAACUAAAGGGACUAUCACCAUUAACGGGCGAGACAUUACAAAGAUGAACGCGAAGCAGCUCAGGAGGAAGAUUGGCUAUGUCGGACAGGAGCCCGUGCUCUUCUCGGGCACCAUUGCAGAGAACAUCGCGUACGGGGUGCCCCAUGCUACUCGUGCCCAGAUCAUCGCAGCUGCUCGCAAGGCCAAUUGCGAGUUCAUCAGCGACUUCCCUGAUGGCCUCGAAACCCACGUGGGCGCCCGAGGAACCCAGCUAUCUGGUGGGCAGAAGCAGCGGAUAGCUAUCGCACGAGCGCUCAUCAAGCAGCCGGACAUCCUCAUCCUGGACGAAGCAACUAGCGCGCUAGACGCCGAAUCGGAGACGCUGGUCAACCAAGCCCUGGGCAAGCUGCUCCAAGAGAGGAACACAACCAUCAGCAUCGCGCAUCGUCUUUCGACCAUCAAACGAUCAGACCGUAUCAUCUGCAUCAACGCAGAUGGCCAGGUGGCGGAAGAAGGAACCUAUGAGGAGCUCUCCGCGAAUCCCAGCGGCGCUUUCAGCAAGCUGAUGGAGUGGCAGCUGAGUGGGGGCGAUAUCGAUGCAGAGGUCCGAAACCCAAGACCGACCGAGGAGGAGGAGAUCGAACAUGAGUACAAGGCGCUGGGGAAUCGCGAGAACCGGCCGCCGAAACACGAGAUGGUGCACUUCAAGGGGCUGAUGAGCGAGAAGAGGGCGUUUGGAGAUUUCAGGACAGUGCUGCAUACGGGACUGUAUAGCCAGGUUGUGGCUAUGGAGGUUCCUGUGGGCGGGGAGAUUGGUGAUGAAGUCCACACCGUCGACCAAAUCCUCCUCUUCACCUCCGGCCGGGGCCUCGCGACCGUCGCGGGCAAAGACCAAGAAGUUAACGCGGGCGACGUCGUCGUCGUGCCCGCGGGCACACAGCAUCAGUUCGUGACGAAAGGGGAUCAGCCGUUGGAGCUGAUCACGGUGUAUAGUCCGGCGGAGCACUUCCCGAGCACGGUGCAUAAGGAUAAGGAGCAGGGCGACAAAGAGGAGGAUGCGGGGCAGGACGAGGCACCGGCGUGGAGCAGGAAGAGUAAGAAAGAGAAUGAGGAUGCCGGGUUGGUGAAGUUGAGUGGGAAGUACGAGGAGUAG